AUGUAAUAGCUGCAUCCUAAAUUUAGAGCCACAUCUGUUCAAGAACAGGGAGAGCAAAGAUCAAAAUUCCCAAAUAUUUAGACUCCUACAUUUGCUGAUUGGAAAAUCCCUAGUGAUUCUAGAGCUCAUCCAAAAAUAAGCAGAAGAAACCCUUUAUUCAAAUUUGGGCUGAUUCCACCUAAAAAAGCAACAACACCUUCUUCGUAAACUCAUCACAUAACUCAUGAUUUUCGUGGACUCAAAUCUGAAGAGCAAAGUUAGAGGAUUAAAGAAAUUAUUGUUGAAGAUAGAGUGAGUACAACAGAAACAAAUAAUCUUCAUUAAUUUGAAUCUGAAAAAAAAUACUUUCAACUCAGAAACAGAUCCAUUAGUGGACCUAAACACUCAAAUUAAUUGUUAAUCGAAUGUAAAUAAUUAUUUGAUAAUUAGAAGAAGGCUUUUGAGGAAAUAUUAAAACAGAAUAGUCUUUACAAUAAGUAUUCUAAAGUAAUCGACAAAGAAUAAAAUGUAACAAAUUAGAAAAUAAUGCAAAUUUUUAACUUAUAUAAAUGA